GGAAGGGGCUCAGAGCGGCACAGAUUUGGGGAGUUUAGGAAAAUGCCUGAUAGGGGUUUCGAAAGGACCCAGCGACAUUAUAUUUAUGUCAAAUAUAAAGAUAUUUGACCACCUUUAAGUUUCAACAUACCCUUAGGUAAUACCUGUCUCUGCAGAGUAAGAGACUUGAUGACAACGACCUUUAACAUCCUGUUUUGGAUCAGGCUCUGGAGUGGACGCCCCUAGUUGAGGGGUCCUCCGGGCAGUCGGAAACCUACGAAAGAUGGUAGCGAUGGCGGCUGGGCCGGGUGGGUUGCUCCCGCUGGCGUUUGGGCUGCGAUUGCUCUUGGCUGCUGUACUUCAAACGGUAUCUGCAUUCGGGGCAGAGUUUUCAUCAGAGGCUUGCAGAGAGUUAGGCUUCUCCAGCAACUUGCUCUGCAGCUCUUGUGAUCUUCUUGGACAGUUUAACCUGCUUCAGCUCGAUCCUGACUGUAGAGGAUGCUGUCAGGAAGAAGCACAAUUUGAAACAAAAAAGCUUUAUGCAGGUGCUAUUCUUGAAGUUUGUGGAUGAAAAUUGGGGAGGUUCCCUCAAGUCCAAGAUUUUAUUUACUUGUCAGAGCACAAGCAGGGAGAGUGGCAGGCAGAAGGAGAAGAGGGCUCCCCACUGAGCAAGGAGCCUGAUGCAGGACUUGAUCCCAGGACCCUGGGAUCAUGACCUGAGCCGAAGGCAGACGCUUAACUGACUGAGCCACCCAGGAGUCCCAGUGACUGGAUUUCUUUGGGAAUAAUCAAACUGAUGUUAUUGAGCUAUUUUUAAAACAGCAGAAAGUAAACUAGAAAAGAAGUUACUAGGAGUCUUUUUGCAAGUUUUAUACUCUCAUAUAGCCUGUCCCAGUGCCAUGUGUACAUAACAGCACCCAAGUAUCUGUUGGAAGAUUAAUUCACGGCUUGUAAAAUGUGAUUCGCUACUACAGGGUAUUGAACAGAUACUCCCCUCAUUCAAGACUAGGGGGCUUUGUAGAUCUAUGGUUAAAAAGCAAAGAACUGAUGAAAAUAGUCAUUAGUGACUCAUAUUAAGUUUAUUCAUUUCAGCCUAUUAAAAAUCUAUUGAAUGAAAAUUAUUAAAUGUGCUAGGUUCUAUUAAGGGAUACAAAAAAUAUAUAAGAACAGUCCUUUUCCCCUAGAGUAGUUUCUUAUGCAUUAGACAACACACUUAGUGUUAACCGGUGUUUUGUACAAGUAUACAUAUAGCAUUUGCCAAAGGGAUGGUAUAAAAUGCAACAGGUAUCAUGAGAUCUUUUUUGCUUGGGGAUUCAAGAGUCUGCAGAGUAUUUGGAUAAAUCCUAAAGGAUGGAGUUAAUAAGAAGUUCUAAUAAAAAGACUUAACAAUCAGCUUUAUUUUGAACUGAAUUCUGUAGGGGAAUUAUAGAUAUAGGAUAUCUGAGUCUCUUCCCACAAGUUCUUAAUCUUAAAAAGAAAAACUAUAUACUUGCAUUUAGGACAAUAAAACAAAGAGUAAUAGUAAAUAAGGACCUUUAUAAUGAAACAUGUCUAUAAUUCCAGUGCUAGUUAAUUGUAAGUUUAAGAAAUAAGUUCUCAGAAGCAUGUA